CACAGAGUGACACAUUGAUCUGGUGCUGGAAGCAUCUGUGGAGUUCCUUUGCUUGUUCUCCUGAUCAUCUUUGACAGCUUCUAUACUUUAAAAAAAGAAUGGCUUACCUUCAGCAAUCUGAUGAGCUUGUCUUUUUUGUCAAUGGCAAAAAGGUGAUCGAGGAGUGUGCUGAUCCAGAAGAAUUGCUGCUUAAUUACCUGAGAAAGGGGCUCCACCUCACAGGAACCAAGUAUGGCUGUGGAAUCGGAGGUUGUGGGGCCUGCACCGUGAUGAUUUCUACAUACAACGCAGACUCCAAGAAAAUACGACAUUAUCCAGCCAACUCUUGCCUCCUCCCGCUCUUCUCAUUGUAUGGUGCCGCAGUAACCACUGUGGAAGGAGUGGGGUCCACAACAACCAAGCUGCACCCCAUUCAGCAAAGGCUUGCAAAGUGCCAUGGUUCCCAGUGUGGCUUCUGCACUCCUGGAAUGGUGAUGUCCAUGUAUUCCUUACUAAGAAACCACCCUGAACCCAGCAUGGAGCAGAUUGCUGCAUCUCUGGAUGGGAAUUUGUGCCGUUGUACAGGAUACAGACCCAUAAUCGAUAGCUUCAGUGCUUUUUCUCCGGAGUGUUGCCCAUUGGCAGGAAGUGGGAAGUGUUGCAUGGACAAAGAAGAAGGGAAUGAGAUGAAAGGAACUGAUUCUGGAGAAGAAGACCCAUCAUUGCAUUCUGGAAAGGGAAACAGGAUGUGUUCAGGUUUAUGCAAGUCAGAGGAAUUCCAUCCCAGGGAUCCAACCCAGGAUUAUAUAUUUCCUCCUGAACUCAUGAGAAUGGCUGAAGAGAACAAAGGAAGGACCCUGGUUUUCCAUGGAGAGAGGACCACCUGGAUUUCUCCUGCAUCCUUGGAAGAACUUCUUAAUCUGAAAGCAACCUACCCAGAUGCACCUCUUGUGGUGGGGAACACCAGUGUAGGACUUGACAGGAAACUUCUGGGCAUUUGGCACCCCGUUCUCCUUCACCCGGUCAGGAUUCCAGAGUUGCAUGAGGUCUCCAUGGAAGAAAAUGGCAUCGUAAUUGGUGCAGCCACCCACUUGGCUGAGCUGAGAGACAUCCUAUUGAGCCUUGUUCCCGAACUCCCAGCGGAGAAGACAAAGAUAUACCGGACGCUCUUGAAGCAGCUGAGGACUUUUGCUGGAGAACAGGUCCGGAAUUUGGCUUCUUUAGGAGGACACAUUGUAAGCAGAGGAUCAGUCUGGGAUCUGAACCCUGUUCUGGCAGCUGGAAACGCUGUUCUCAAUCUGGCAUCAAUAGAUGGGAUACGACAGAUUCCUCUGAAUGAUGAAUUCCUCACAAAAGUGCCAGAGGCAGAUCUCUCCCCAAUGGAGGUCAUCGUUUCCGUUUUCAUUCCAUUCUCAAAGGAAGAUGAAUUUAUCUCAGCCUUCCGACAGGCUGAGCGUCGGAAAAAUGCCUUGUCGGUGACAAAUUCUUCCAUGAAGGUCCUCUUCCAGCCAGGCACUGAUGUCAUUGAAGACCUGGCUAUUUUUUAUGGGGGCAUUAGUGGUACAACUGUGAGUGCAAGAAAUUCCUGCCUGAAACUCAUUGGAAGAAACUGGAAUGACUACUUCCUUGAUGAAGCUUGUAGGCUAAUUCUUGAAGAAGUUGUUGUGUCUCCUUCGGCACCAGGUGGGAAAGUGGAAUAUCGGCGCUCGCUGCUUGUCAGCUUCUUCUUCAGGUUCUACUUGGAAGUGCUGCACUGUUUAAAAACGAUGUAUCCCUUCCAAUAUCCUGACUUGCCAAAGGAAUACAUGAGUGCCUUAAGCGAGUUCAAAGAGAAGCCACCGCAAGGCAAGCAAAUAUACCAGGAUGUAAACCCUUAUCAGCUUCCUCAGGACCCAGUUGGGCGUCCCAUCAUGCACGAGUCUGGUAUUAAACAUACCACUGGUGAAGCUGUCUAUGUCGAUGAUAUUGCUCCAGCAGAUGGACAGCUCUACAUGGCGGUGGUCACCAGCACACGAGCACACGCAAAGAUACUAUCUAUUGAUGUAUCAAAUGCUUUGGAAGAGCCGGGGGUAGUUGCUGUGGUAACAGUUGAUGAUAUUCCAGGAGAAAAUGGUGAUAAAGAUGAGAAAGUGUUUGCUGAAGAUGAGGUGAUCUACAUUGGAGACAUUAUCUGUGGUAUAGUUGCAGAGACCUAUGAAUGUGCAAAGAAUGCCAGAAGCAAAGUGAACAUAGAGUAUCAAGAUCUGGAACUGAUUCUGACCAUUGAGGAGGCAAUAGAGCAUAAUUCAUUCCUGUCAAGAGAAAAGAAAAUAGAAAAAGGAAAUGUUGAAGAAGGCUUUGAGAUUGUUGACAAAAUCCUGGAAGGUGAAAUUCAUAUUGGAGGCCAAGAACAUUUUUACCUGGAAACAAAUAGUAUAUUUGCUAUUCCAAGAAAAGAGGAUGAGGAAAUGGAUAUUUAUGUUUCUACACAGGAUACUUCAGGUGCACAGGAAUUGGUGGCUUCAGUGUUAGAUGUUCCAGCCAAUCGGAUCACAUGCCACACAAGACGAAUGGGAGGAGCUUUUGGAGGCAAAGGAUUAAAAACUUCAUGUUUUGCAGCAGCUGCAGCAGUAGCCGCCCAUAAAACUGGCCGUCCUGUCCGUUUUAUCCUGGAGCGAGAUGAUGACAUGCGAAUCACUGGAGGUCGACAUCCUUUCUGGGGAAAAUACAAAGUGGGAUUCAUGACUGAUGGUAAAAUUAAAGCUGUUGAUCUGGAAUUCUACGUAAAUGGUGGAUGUACACUAGAUGAGUCUGAAUUGGUUAUUGAAUAUGUUUUGCUAAAAUGUCCUAAUGCAUAUGACAUUCAAAACUUCCGAUGCCGUGGCUGGGCCUGCAAAACUAAUCUACACUCAAACACAUCACUUCGAGGAUUUGGAUUUGCACAGGCAGGCCUUUCUACAGAGACCUGGAUAGCGGCUGUGGCAGAUUAUCUUUACUUGCCACAUGAUGAGGUCAGAGAGAUGAACAUGUACAAAAAAGUGACUAAAACUCCCUACAAAGAAGAGAUUGAUCCCAGAAAUCUGGUUGUGUGUUGGGAAGAAUGUCUAGAAAAAUCAGAUUAUUACAAAAGGCGACAAGCUGUAGAGGAAUUUAACAAACAGAACUACUGGAAGAAGAAAGGGAUCACAAUCAUUCCAAUGAAGUUUUCUGUUGGAUAUAAUGAAACAUUUUACCACCAGGCUUUUGCUCUGGUUCAUAUCUAUCUUGACGGAUCAGUGCUAGUGUCCCAUGGCGGCUGUGAAAUGGGACAAGGACUUUACACCAAGAUGUUACAGGUUGCCAGCCAUGAAUUAAAAAUACCUUUGUCGUAUAUACACAACUAUGAAAGAACUACAACUACCAUACCCAAUGCAGUUGUCACCUCAGGAUCAAUAGGCACAGAAGUCAAUGGAAAAGCAGUACAGAAUGCUUGCCAAAUCCUCAGAAAGCGCUUGGAGCCAAUAAUGGAAAAAAAUCCAGAUGGAAAAUGGGAGGACUGGAUAAAGGAGGCUUAUGAAGGAAGCAUCAGCCUCACAGCGACUGGUUACUUCAAAGGCUAUCGCACCAACAUGGACUGGGAAAAAGGAGAAGGCCAUGCAUUUCCAUACUUUGUUUUUGCAGCUGCUUGUUCUGAGGUUGAGAUUGACUGCCUGACAGGUGACCACAAGAACAUCCGCACAGACAUUGUCAUGGAUGCCUCUUUCAGCAUCAAUCCAGCUAUAGACAUAGGGCAGAUCGAAGGUGGAUUUAUUCAAGGACUUGGACUUUACACCAUGGAAGAAUUGAAGUUUUCUCCUGAAGGAGAGCUGUACACACUGGGUCCAGAUACAUAUAAAAUUCCUGCUGUCUGCGAUGUCCCGGAACACUUUAGAAUCUACUUGCUGCCAAAUUCCAGAAACCCAAUUGCAAUCUACUCCUCCAAGGGUAUGGGAGAAGCUGGAGUGUUCCUCGGAUCCUCUGUAUUUUUUGCUAUAAGGGAUGCAGUGGCUGCUGCCCGGAAAGAGCGAGGACUAAAUCGCAAUUUCACCCUGAACAGCCCUCUGAAUGUAGAGAGGAUUCGCAUGGCCUGUGCUGAUCGCUUUACUGAGAUGAUUCCAAGGGACAUUCCUGGGACCUUUGAGCCAUGGGAGAUCCAAGUGGACUAGUGCUCUGUGUUUCAGUCUCAAAACGUGUGAGGUUAUUGUUUUACUCUGAACUAGAUCCCAUUGGUUCCUGCACACACACC